AUGGUUCUACUCAAAGUGAAAUUCACCUUUCAAAAACGUGUCCACUUGGCGCAAACCCUAUGGAUGCUCUGCUGGCUCUCAGUCCUUACUGGAAUCCUGACUUUCGCUUUGGGAAUUUACCUCAAAUGUGAGCUGAAGAGACGGAGUGAGGUGAUGGACAACACUGAUAUUCACCUUGUCCCCAAUACCUUGAUCGUGGUGGGUCUCCUGUCUAUGCUCCUCAACUUCAUCGGGGUGAAAAUCAGCAGUGAUUCACUGGACCUGGCCAAGUUCCCCCGGUGGAAGGGUUAUGUGGAGCCGUACCUCGUCUUUUCAUUCCUCUUCACCUUCCUCAUGCUGUUUGCUUCACUCCUGAGCUACUUCAUGAGAGGGAACCUGGAUGCCUCGCUGAAGAUUGGCCUGAGAAACGGAAUCCGUUUCUACAAGGACACAGACACCCCAGGGAGGUGCUAUCAGAAGAGGACCAUAGACCACAUCCAGAUGGAAUUCCAAUGCUGUGGCAACAACAAUUACAAGGACUGGUUUGAUGUGCAGUGGAUCAGUAACCGAUAUCUAGACUUCAACAACAAGGAAGUCAGGGAUCGCAUUAAGAGCAAUGUGGAUGGCAGGUACCUGAUCGAUGGUGUCCCCUUCAGUUGCUGUAACCCAAACUCUCCUCGACCCUGUAUUCAGCGUCAGAUCACCAACAAUUCUGCACAUUUCAACUACGAGUUUCAGACGGAGGAGCUGAACUUGUGGAUGACAGGAUGUCGAGAGGCUUUGCUCAGCUAUUAUACAGGGAUGAUGGCAACCAUUGGGACCAGUGUGCUGCUCUGUUAUGUCACACAGCUCGGUGUGUUAAUUGGACUGCGUUACCUCAGCAUCGCGACAGAAGCUGUUGUGGCCCAAGAGAAUCCUGAGUGUGACUCCGAGGGCUAUUUGCUGGAGAAAGGGCCAUUGGAGACACUGUACAUGACUGCCAAAGCACUCAAGGCCAAGUUCAACUUCAACGAAGUGCAGACAGAGCCAGCACCAACUGAGACGGCAGCGACAGAGGGCAACAAAACCGAAAAAUAG